AUGUCUAGGAACUCUAUACUGAAGGAAGAAAGUAUCCGGAUGGGAGGGGUCAUGCUCAGGAAGAUGAUGGACUCUGGGCAGCUAGACUUCUAUGAACACAGCACUCUGUGCACCAACACGUGUCGUAGCACCAAGUUUGACCUGCUGAUCAACAACACACGCUUCCCCCCUGAUGGCAGCGGACUCACCACACCCAUCUCCUCACAAGCCCAGGUGGUGAUAGGUAAUGGUGGCCAGGUUGCCAUGACAACAGAGGAGAGGUCAGAUGUUCUGACCAGAACAGUGGAGUGGAGUUCAGGGGCAGUUGUCAUGGAGACCGAGAAGGAAACCAGUGACAUACAGUGUCAGAUCCUAAGAAAAAGAGCCUGGUCGAAUGGAGAGGAGCUGAACUUAGCUGAGCUGAGAGGGUAG